AGUAGGGGGCGUGUACUUAAUAGUCUCUCCCACGUUGCGUAGCGUGGAAAUGUGACGUGUGGGAGCCGCGGAGAGAGCGAAUGUGUGCAUGUUGUGUUUGUUGUGUGUGUGACAGUGAGUUCCACAGCGGGAAAGUGCCCGCGGCUUACCCCACUUUGGGCUCUUCGUCUCCCGCCAGGACCAGCCGGGGACUUCACCACCACCAGGUCCGGACUCCUGGAAGUGCAACAAAAGUCCCGUCAUUGGGGUUGUGAGCGAUGCACUGGCAGCAUGGCCAAGUGGUUCAAGGAGCACCUGGGAUUCAAAACUACCAAAGCACCCCCUCCGGCGCCUCCGAAGCCGGACUACCGACACUGCCUUACCGGUGUGCCCGGUGCGCCUGGCUUCCAAGCGGCCAUCUCCGGAGCUACUUUCCCCGCUCAGCCGGACAUUCUGGCCGCCUACAAACUGCAGAAGGAGCUGGACUUCGAGGACCCGUACACUCCCGGCGGAAAUGUGGCGUUUGGCUGCGGCAGCGUGAACGCCGUGGGGGCGCAGGAUAUCAAGUACGUGUCGCCGAAGCACCGACUCAUCAAGGUGGAGACGGUGGAAAAGAACAGUCCGGCUUCCGGCGGAGGUGUCACGGUCACUCAGGCUGUCGCCUUGGGGAGCGUGAAGUCUCCCACCUCGCCCCCUACGGAGCAGGACAGCAAGGAGAAGCUCAUUAUCCUGGAAGACUACGCUGACCCUUUUGACGCCGAGCAGGCCGGCGGCGUACAGAUUACGACGGAGAAAGUGACGACGGAGAACGACGGCUAUAUGGAACCCUAUGAGGCCCAGAAGAUGAUGGCAGAAAUCCGAUCCAACAGCCGAGGUCCUAAGGACGGCGCCUCCAAGCAGCUGCCCCUCUACGACACACCGUACGAGCCCGCCGAGAACGGUGGGGACUCUGACCCCGAGCGCUCACGCUGCCCUCGAGAGAGCCGACUGCCCCAGGACGACGAGCGACCCCCCGAGGAGUACGACCAGCCCUGGGAGUGGAAGAAAGAGAGGAUUUCCAAAGCUUUCGCAGUAGAGAUUAAAGUGAUCAAGGACCUUCCGUGGCCCCCUCCUGUGGGGCAGCUCAACACCAGCCCUCCCCCAGUGCUGGUGGAGGAGGAGCUGGAGUCGCCCUCCCAGAACACUCAGCCCUCGCCUGGACAGACAAGCAGUGAGCAGCAGCACCAGGUCCAGUUUGACGGCGUGGAGAAGUCCCGAAUGUCGCCCACCAAGGACGGGAAAGCUCGCCCGCUACAGCGGCACUCCAGCGGCUGCUUGGUGAACACCAAAAUGACGUCGGCGGACCAGUCCAGCACCUUGUCCCUCGGGGAACGCAUCGAUCCCAGCAUGCCCUUGGAGAGCCAGUUUUGGUACCAUGGCGCUAUCAGUCGAACGGAUGCCGAAUGCCUGCUAAGGCUGUGCAAGGAGGCAAGCUAUCUGGUGAGGAACAGUGAAACGAGCAAGAACGACUACUCCCUCUCACUCAAGAGCAGCCAGGGCUUCAUGCACAUGAAGCUGUCCAGGACCAAAGAGAACAAGUACGUCCUUGGCCAGAACAGCUGCCCCUUCGACAGCGUGCCCGACAUCAUCCAUUUCUACUCCAGUCGUAAGCUGCCCAUCAAGGGGGCCGAGCACAUGUCCCUGCUGUACCCCGUGGCCAUCAGGACACUAUAGUGCCAUCGGUCCCAAAGAAGUCACCUUUUGGGCUCACACACGGAAAGGGAAAUCCCAAACUGCUGAUUCUGACUCAUCUCACUGGCCGACGUAUGCUGACUUUGGUGGAUUUAUUUGAUGUUAUUUAUGAUAGACACCCGCUUAACGGCACGGACCUCCACCAAGACGAAACCCAACGUUUGUCACGACUUGUCAUUUUUUCCAGAAGGUUGCAAAAGGGAGACGUCACAUAUGUUCGUGUUUGAGGGAGUAUAGUCCUGUCCUGACAAGGUCUGUACGCGGUUAUCUUUUUCACGUCAUGGUCAAUAUCGUCUGCCAUCCGUCACCAAGAAGGGGGGCGUGUCACGCCAAUGACAGCGAAAGUGGCGAGAUGGACCGGAGAGCAUCAUGAUGGAUGGACCGAGCCGUCCGGCAUCAUACAAUCGGCUGAGGCUGGAAACACACCCAACUGUUAACCUCCGACCUUUCCCCUUCACUUCCCUACCGCCGCCCCACCCAGAGCGCCUUGUGCAUCGGGAGAAUGAAACGCCUGCAUUGUCUACCUCAGAAAAUCAAUGUCGUUCUGUCUGCGGAUCAAUAGGUACAAUGGGAUGGCCCGCAUCGAUCCGCUCUCGCUUUGACAUUCCCAAUUUCCUUAAAGUCGCAUCAUUCAUUUUGGAUUUUCUUAAAAGAAAAAAAAAAAGGACAAUUUUUAAGGCUGCCUUUAGUGUGUUUUAGUCACAAUGCUGUGUGAUGUCAGUAGCCUUACAAUGCAUGGGUCAGUCAGAUCAGCUGGUGUUCAAUUCUCCUUUUAAAAGACCCAAUCCUUGACUGUAAUUUAUUGGGGGCGAAUUAGUGCCGACGUGUGGGCGGCAGCUCCCCUUUUUCCGCCCUUCUUGUGAGUCCCCGGGCGACGCUUCUACUAUGUGGUGCUCUACCUGUUUUUUUGUUCUUGUCUGCUUGUCAAGCCUUGGCUAAUUGGUGCUGACCAAUCACAAUGCAGCCUGUUGGAACCUGACCCUUCAUCACCAGUACAUGUGCAGAUGUGUGCCCCACAUGUUGUGACCACUACAAGACUAACUAAGAAAAAAAAGUGACAGUCCCGCUUUGAACCACUUCAGAACACCUAUUUUUUGGUUUUGCUCACUGAGCUUACUUGAUUUAAGGAUGAUAAAUGUCACGUGUACUAGUGCCAUUAAAGUAGUCAAAGACUACUUAUAUUGUGAAGGCUGUUUGAUUUGAUAAGCAUUAUUGUGUCAAUCUGUUUAACGCUUAACUAUUUUCACUCAAAAACAGUCGAGGUUGACCAGGGACAAUCUUCCACAAUUAUCAUCAAACCAAGAAGUAACCUACCAGCUAAAAAAAAUUAACAUCCCAGGAAGGGCCCCGCUAACUAACAAUUAGACAAACCAGUAAAUAGUCUACUUGCUAGCAAACAUAAACCAUUUAUUUGUAAGUUAACUCCCAAACAAAAAAAGCAGCAAGUAGCAUAUUGGCUACACAAUGGACCUGACAUAGCAAAUAAUCUGCUUAAAUUUAAAAACAUUAAAAAAAAAUAGGAAAAAGAUUACAAGCUAAACAAGGAGCAAGCCUGCUAACUAACAAACCAGGACGUAGCUCGCUAGCUAGUAAACGGACAAACCAAGAAAUAAUCUACUCACAAUUAAACAAACCGGGAAGUAGACUACAAGCUAGCAAACACAAAAAAGGAGAUAGCCUGCUAAAAAACACACCAGGAAGUAGACUACUAGCUAAAAACAAACAUAAUAAACCGAAGGUACUAGGAAGUAUACUGCUAACUAACAAUUCAACAAAUGUUGUCUACUAUAUAGCAAACGUACUGUAAACCAUUAAGUGUCACGUUAACUCCCAAACAAAAUGGACAACCCAGGAAAUAAUCUGCAAAAUUUUUUACAAAUCACGAAGUAGAAUACGAACACAAAUUAGAAAGUAGUCUAACAAACACACCAGGGAAUAUCUUGUAAACAUUUCGACAAACCAAUAAGCUGUCUACUGUAGCUAGCAAACAAAAACAAUCAUUUGUAUGUUAACUCCCAAAGAGAACAACAGGUAGCUAACAAACACACAAACUCGGAGGUAGCCUGCUAACUAUCAACAAAGCAGGAAGAACCCUACUAGCUAGUUAACGGACAAACCGGGAAAUAAUCGGCUCACAGUUAGACACACCAGGAAGUAGACUACAGGCUAACAAACACAAACAAGGAGGUAGCCUACUAACUAAUAAAUGAGCAAACCAGGAAAUAAUCUGCUCACAGUUAGAACCACCAAGAGGUAGACUAAAAGCUAGCAAACACACUUUCGGAAUUAUCUUACUCACAAACACACCAGGAAUUAGCUUGCUAACAAACGCACCAGGAUGUAGCCUAUGAGCGAAAAAAAACCAAGAUACCAGAAAAUAUACUGCUAACCAACAAGUAGACAAAACAGAUAGCAAAUAUACAGGUAAAUUAGAAUAUUUUGAAAAACUUGAUUUAUUUCAGUAAUUGCAUUCAAA